UAACUUUUUUGCCACUUUUAAUAUUAUAGUAGAUUAAACAAUGUCAGAAGAACAAAAGAAUGAACAAGUGGUAGACUUGACAAAAGUAACCCCACCAACUCAACCAAAAUCCAUUUUGGUGUCUCGGGAAGAACAAAAGAAUUACGAAUCUGAAUCACAAACAGAGGAUGAAGAAGAUGAUGAAGAAGACGAUAUAGAUAAUGAGAAUGAACCACUUCCUACAGAAUAUCCAGGUACAGUUCUCCCAGAUAAUCACCCACAAGAAAUCGAUGCUGAUGUGGAUCUUGCUAGUGGAUUCCCUGAUGACACUGAGUAUAUCGAUUUGAUCCAUUUAAAAAUCAAUUCCUUGGAGGAUCUUCAUCUUGAAAGAUUCAACAAGAUUGAAGCUCUUUGUUUAAGACAAAAUCUUCUCACUUCAAUUUCUGCUGUGAAACAUUUACCUGCGGAAACCAUGGAAGAAUUGGACUUCUAUGACAAUAGAAUUGAUCAUAUUUCUAAAAGUGUUGCUCAACUUGUAAAUUUAAAAAAUUUGGAUUUAUCAUUCAAUAAAAUUAAAAAUAUCAAACAUAUAGAAACAUUGACUAAAUUAGAAAAUUUAUACUUUGUUCAAAAUAAGAUUAAGGAGAUUAAAAACUUGGAAACUUUACAAAAUUUGAAGAAUUUAGAAUUGGGAGGUAAUAAGAUUGAAGUAAUUAGUGAAACCCUUGAUAAAUUGGUAAAUUUACAACAACUUUGGUUGGGUAAGAAUAGAAUUGCCAAGUUUGAAAACAUGAAUAAUUUGGUAAAUUUAAGAGUAUUAUCCAUACAAUCCAAUAGAUUAACUAAAAUUGAAGGUCUUGAUCAUUUGAUCAAUCUUGAAGAGUUAUACUUGUCACAUAAUGGGAUUGAAAAAAUUGAAAAUUUAGAAAAUAAUACUAAAUUACAAGUAUUGGAUGUUACUUCUAAUAGACUUACCAAACUUGAAAAUAUGCUGCAUUUAAUAAACUUGACAGAUUUCUGGUGUUCAUACAAUAAGAUUUCUAAUUUUGAUGAUAUUGCCAAACAGUUGGGUAAGUUACCAGAAUUAGACACAGUUUACUUUGAAGGUAACCCUGUACAACUUCAAAACCCAACCGCAUACAGAAGAAAGAUAAAGUUGAAUUUGGGUCCAAGUCUUGCUAAGAUUGAUGCCACAUACAUCAGAGAUUAGGUGAAAUGAUAUAUAUGAAUAAUAAUAGUAAUAGUAAUGUCAGCAUCA